AUGAAAGAUUCAGAGAAAGUAACGUGGGAUCAGGGUCGAUGUCCGGCGCUGGCACGAUCCUCAGCCUCACAGAAGCUUAUGUUGUGGCUAAUGCUCUUCGUUUCGCUCACCUACAUGAUUUACACUCUCAAGCUCGUCUCCACCUCGUCAAGCGCCUGCAACCACGCGCCGUUCAUCAUCAACCACCUCUCUUCCUCCUCUUUCCAAUACGCAAACGUCACGGAGAAGAGGGAAUCUUCACUCGCUUCGCGUGCCGGAACGGGGAAGCUCCGUGAGAAGAAAACGGAGCUCCGUCACGUGGUGUUCGGAAUUGCGGCGUCGUCGAAGCUGUGGGAGCACAGAAAGAAGUACAUAAAGAUUUGGUACAGGAAGAAGGAGAUGAGGGGAGUGGUGUGGCUGGACGAUCUCGUGAAGACGGACCCGAAGGAAGGGUUGCCACCGGUGAAGGUCUCCACGGACACCUCCAAUUUCGUCUACACCAACAAGCUGGGUCACCGCUCCGCCAUUCGGAUCUCCCGCAUCGUCACCGAAACGCUGCGUUUGGGGCUGAAGGACGUCCGGUGGUUCGUCAUGGGCGACGACGACACCGUUUUCGUGACGGACAACCUCCUGAGGAUUCUGAACAAGUACGACCACAACCACAUGUACUACAUUGGGAGCUUGUCGGAGAGUCACUUGCAGAAUAUAUUCUUCUCGUACGGCAUGGCCUACGGCGGAGGAGGGUUCGCCAUCAGCUACCCCUUGGCCAAAGCUCUGAGCAAAAUUCAGGACCGUUGCAUUCAGAGGUACCCAGCUCUUUAUGGUUCCGAUGAUCGAAUGCACGCUUGCAUGGCUGAACUCGGUGUUCCACUCACUAAGGAAAUCGGUUUUCACCAGUAUGAUGUGUAUGGGAACCUUUUCGGCCUUCUUGCAGCUCAUCCAGUGACUCCAUUGGUGUCACUGCACCACCUUGAUGUGGUUGAGCCAAUCUUCCCGAAUGCCACCAGAGUAGAAGCCCUUCAACGGCUUACCAUUCCAAUGAAGCUUGACUCAGCAUCUCUCAUUCAGCAAUCCAUUUGCUACGACAAGGAAAGAAAAUGGACGAUUUCAGUGUCAUGGGGUUUUGCUGUUCAGAUAUUUCGCGGGAUAUUCACACAGAGGGAGAUGGAAAUGCCUUCAAGAACAUUCCUGAAUUGGUAUAGAAGAGCAGAUUACACUGCAUAUGCAUUCAACACACGCCCGGUUAGCAGAAACCCGUGUCAGAAACCUUUCGUGUUUUACUUCUCAAAGGCAAAACUCAAUUCCACAAUGCAACAGACAGUGACUGCAUACGAAAGACAUCUUGUUCCUCGUCCAGAAUGUCGAUGGCAGAUGGCUGAUCCUUCUGAGCUUCACAAAAUAGAGGUGCACAAGAAGCCAGACCCGCAUCUGUGGGAUAGGGCCCCAAGGAGAAACUGUUGCAGAGUGAUGAAGACGAACAAGACAGGAAUAAUGAAGAUAGACGUGGGUAUAUGUAGAGAUGGCUCUCCGAAGAGCGGGGUUCAUACUCAUGGCGAGACCUUCUCCACCACUCUCCUUCAUUCUUCAAACCGCCCCAAAACUCAACCAUCUUCGCCAUCGGAGACUCAAGCAAUCGAAACACCUCACAUCCUCUUUGGUUCCUCAAAACCCUCCUCCUCUACCACACCACCACCUACAACCCCUUCUCCUUCCACGACCUCCUCAACAUGUCCCAAGGAACCUGCCUCACAACUCUCCUUCGCCACAAAAACAUCUCCCUCACCAAAGUUGACCGUGCACGAAACUCCGUCGAGAUUAACAACGUGUUGA